AUGGCGAGUCACGACGUACCACGAAGUGCCAUCCAUCGCGAGCGUACAGCCGACGCACUCCAAAAAGAACUCAAAGAGAUCCAACAGUACCAGCACCUCGUGGAGGAGGUGAACCAAAAGAUCGAAGCGAGUGAGUUCACGCCCGAACUACUCCAGAAAACAGCCGAAUUACUCAAAAAGAACCCGGAAUAUUACACUGUGUGGAAUCAUCGACGCCGCAUCUACGUGCAAGAAUUCCAAGAAUUGAGUCAAGCCGUCGUGUCAGGGGAGAAGAGCAAUGAAGACUGCAACAGUGAGAUUUUGGAUAUCAUUCAGCUGGAUCUGCAAUUCCUGUUCCCGCUCCUGGUCAAAUACCCCAAAUGUUAUUGGAUCUGGAACCAUAGGCUGUGGCUUCUAGAGCGGUCGACUGGUCUCCUACCUGCUGCAACAUCUCGCAAACUAUGGGAGGAGGAGCUCGGGUUGGUUGGGAAGAUGUUGAGCAGAGACAAUCGAAAUUUUCAUGGUUGGGCAUAUCGUCGAACAGUGAUCCAGAGCCUUGAAAGUCCAGCCUUGCAAGGGGAAAGUAUGGUCCGGGCUGAGCUUGACUACACAAAGAAGAUGAUUGGGACGAACCUCUCGAAUUUUUCGGCAUGGCACAACCGAAUCAAGCUCAUCUUGAGAGUUCUGGAUGAGGAAAAGGCAAGCGAUGAUGAAAGACAAAAGAUGCUCGAUGAAGCAGAGCUCGAGUUGAUUCACAAAGCAUUAUUUGACCCGUACGAUCAAUCGCUAUGGUUCUAUCAUCAGAACUUGAUGUGCACGUUUGACCCUGAACAGUCGAUGAAAAGCAUGGCACCUAACCUGACAGAUGGAGAGCGGUUGGAGUAUAUCGCGGCGGAACGAGCAUACAUAGAGGAGGUGCUGGAAGACGCACAGGACUGUAAAUGGGCGUACCUGGCGUUGAUUGAGAGCACUGUGAUCGAAUCCAAAGUGAAAGGCGGGCUGGCACAGGGCGAACAAAGCAACAUGUCAGAGUGGCUUGUCGAAUUGCAAAAGCUGGAUCCGCUCCGGAAAGGGCGCUGGCUGGAUUUGGAGCAGAGGCUGAAGAAAACCGCCGAAUGA